AUGACCAAAGUUAUUAUGGCACUAAACUUGUCAAAUCAGAGUGUUGUGUACUGUGUAGUACCUGGAUAUCCGAAGCACUUUGUUAUGGGGGCAGUUUUGGGCAUUUGUUCAGCAGCUCAGCUGGCAUGCUGCUGCGGGAGUGCUGCAUGUUCCUUAUGCUGUUCGGCAUGUCCAUCAUGUGCCAACUCUACAUCAAGUCGGCUGAUGUACACGCUGAUGUUACUGCUAGUCAUGGUGGUGGCUUGUGUUACUCUUGCUCCUGGAUUACAUGAUCAAAUGAAAAAAGUGCCAUUUUGUAAAAAUUCUACACAAUAUAUACCAGGUGACUUCAAAGUAGACUGUGAUCAAGCUGUUGGUUAUUUAGCAGUGUACAGAAUUUGUUUUGCAGCAUGCCUCUUCUUUGUUUUGAUGGCCCUCAUAAUGAUUGGUGUUAAGUCUUCUAAAGAUCCUCGAGCAGGCAUUCAGAAUGGUUUCUGGGGCAUCAAGUAUCUCGUGGUGAUUGGCGGUAUAAUUGGUGCUUUCUUCAUUCCCGAAGGUCAAUUCGCAUCUACCUGGAUGGUUUUCGGCAUGAUAGGAGGCUUCUGUUUCAUAGUUAUCCAACUUAUACUCAUCAUUGAUUUUGCACACUCCUGGGCUGAACGUUGGGUUUCGAACUAUGAGGAGUCAGAGUCUCGCGGAUGGUAUGCAGCAUUAUUGUUAUCGAUGCUCACUUGCUUCGCGCUCGCAAUUACUGGCGUCGUGCUGCUUUAUGUGUAUUACACUAAGGCUGACGGAUGUGGGCUGUCCAAGUUCUUCAUAUCGAUUAAUCUGAUCCUGGUGGUGAUAGCAAGUGCCAUCUCCAUUCUCCCUUCAGUUCAGGAGCACCAGCCUCGCUCCGGAUUGUUGCAGUCGGCUGUCGUCUCCCUUUACGUUAUUUUUUUGACGUGGUCAGCUCUGGCAAACGCUCCAGCCGAAUGUAACAGCUUGACGGGAGGAACGAAUGAGUCAUCCUUCGACAAGCAGUCGAUCAUCGGCCUGGUCAUUUGGGUGUGCAGCGUGCUGUACUCAAGCAUCCGUACCGCAUCCUCUUCGUCUAAGAUCACCAUGUCUGAACACAUCCUCGCUAAGGACGGCCAAGGGCAAGGAGGGCUCAUUGCUAACGAAGAGGGCGCUGACGGUGGCGAGGCAGGCCGCGGCGAGGAGACCAAAGUCUUUGACAACGAGAACGACGGCGUUGCUUACUCCUGGACUUUCUUCCACGUUGUGUUCGCACUCGCAACCCUGUACAUCAUGAUGACACUCACAAAUUGGUUCAAUCCGAGUUCGCGGCUUUCGAAGGAAAACGUCGCUUCCAUGUGGAUUAAGAUUUCAUCGUCCUGGUUAUGCGUCGGUCUUUACAUUUGGACUCUGGUAGCGCCUGCUGUACUCCCCGACAGGGAGUUUAAUUAA